AGACAAAAUAGUUGUACCUUGUUUUCAUUUCAGAAUGUUUGUAGUGGGGAACUAAGAUGGAUUCCAAUGCCCAUUUAAGGAGUGGGCAUAAAACAGAGCCUCCCUGGGACCCACAAGUUCCCCCUUAUAACAGCUACCCACAAGUAGGAACCCCCUGGCCAAGCAACCCACUAACAGACCCCUGGAAGCAAAACAGCACCCUUAUAACUGAUCCCUGGAGUAGCUCCCAAGCAGACAGCCAAUCCUGGGCCAGCAAAAGCAAUGAGAACAACCACGGUAACAAAACCGUGGCCCCAAAUGUGGACCUCAGGAAUGUCAUGGCACAUGUAGCAGAGAGGGAUCUUGCUUCCAAAACCUCUCUUCCAUCCAGCCAAUAUUCCUUCAAUCAUUUAUCUGAGCAACUGCGCCAAUCUUCACGACCAGUUCACCAAGUGCCAGGAGAAGCUACGGAAAAAUUAUGCUCUGAUUGUGAAAAUUGUCGCCAAGGGGACUCAGAUAGAUGUGUGAAGCGUCAUGUAGUCCACUGGAAGAAGGCUAGCGAGGAGUUUGUGCCUGGUCAACAGCAACCACCAGAGAAAAAGGUAAGACAAGCACACAAGUGUCCAGAACACCUGCCAGGGAUGAAUGGACAUUCUGUGGAGCUGACUUCAAGUUUUCCCCUCCAGAGGGCAGAACCCCCUCAGUUACUUUCAGAAAUGUGGCCACAUUUCAUAGCUAAAAAUAUAGAAUUCAAGCUUCAACAACAGUUGGGAGAUGGAGGUAAAGAGCAUAUUAAAUUACAGUCAGGUUUUCCUACAGGUAUACAUGAAAACCAAAUUGCUAUUUUCCCAAGAGACGCUAAUAGAAACCGUGAACAGCUUCAUGAAGCUUUUAAGAAUGGAGAUGACAAAAACAUAAACCAUGUAAAUUCCUUUUCUCAACAUUUACAUGGGAACAAAAAAGGAUGCACUGAAAAUCAGAAUCUAUCAGGGAAAGGUGUCCAUUCAAAAGAUUUGGUAAGGGAAAUUGUUCAGAAAAGAAUUGAGUCCAGAACCCCACCUAGAGCUCAGAUGAACAGUGUGUCACCAGUAAUAGAUAAGGAGGGGGCUCCAAAUACUAGUUACAUGAACAAAAUUGAAGCAACUCGCCCCAGUGUGGUAACUGAGGGGGUAAAGGAGGGGACAUUCCAUCAAGCACAAACGCAGAGAGAAACUCUGUACAACAACUGGAUAAAUCCUCUGAAUAGCUUUCAUCCAGGGACUCCAAAAGAUUCCAGGAACUCAUUUACAGGAAACAACGCUGUUCCUGGAAUAGAUGGAUUAAAAGCAAGUAUUGAGAAUGGACCUGGUCAUUUAUCUCAGAUGGCCUCUCUCCCAGGGUUCUCUGGGAGAGAGAACAGCCACCAGGUGGAACCUUUGUCAAUCCGAGCCAAUCCUGGAGACUCUGCAAACACCAACUUCUCCGGUAACAGCAAAGAUCAAUUUAUGUCAGAUCACAUUCAGCCUGCUUCGACAUCCACCCCUCACUGUGAUACCACCACACAGCAGGCUGACAACACAAAAGGAAACAAUGUUUUAACAACUUCUGGUCCACAGGCACUGUCCUCCUCUGUGCCACCAAUGCCAGUCCAGCCCAAUGCUUUCAUACCGCAGAAAGUGCUCCAGCCAGCUGAUCUGGUCAAUGGUGUGCAGGGGUCAGCUGGUGACCAGACUGGACAUCUGACCACUGAUGCAGUGGCCGAUACCCUUGAGGAGCAUGACGAGCUGUUUGAGAGACUGAAACUUAACCAACCUAUCAAGGUGCCUGAGUGUGGGUGCCUGGGACCAGAAGGUGUUAAAGAGAAGGAUGAGGGACCAUACUACACACACCUGGGGGCUGGGUCUACAGUCCAGGCUGUAAGAGAACUGAUGGAGAGGAGGUUUGGAAUGGGUGGCAAAGCAGUACGGAUAGAAAAGGUCGUAUACACAGGGAAGGAGGGAAAGAGUAGUCGGGGGUGCCCUGUUGCUAAAUGGAUAUUACGCAGGUCAGGCCCAGAGGAGAAAGUUCUUACUGUUAUUCGCCAUAGGGCUGGUCACCACUGUGAUACCGCUGUCAUUGUCAUAAAUAUUGUAUUAUGGGAGGGUAUCCCCAGCCCACAUGCAGAUGACCUGUAUAAUUAUUUACGCUCAACUGUAACUGACAAUGGUUUUGAAACAGAACGCAGGUGUGGAACUAAUGAAGAGAGAACUUGUGCAUGCCAAGGCUGGGAUGACGACCGCAGGGGAGCCUCUUUCUCAUUUGGCUGCUCCUGGAGCAUGUACUACAAUGGCUGCAAGUUUGCCAGGAGUAAAGUGGUUAGAAAGUUUAAACUCAAGUGUCCUGAUCAUGAAAGUAACAUGGAGACGAGGAUGCAACACCUGGCUGAUCAUGUAGGUCCACUGUACAAACAAAUGGCUCCAGAUGCCUACAACAACCAGGUCCAGUUUGAGAACCAGGCUUUGGAAUGCAGGUUGGGAAACAACCCAGGUCGGCCAUUUUCAGGGGUCACAGCUUGUGUAGACUUCUGUGCUCAUGCUCACAAAGAUGUACACAACAUGAAUAAUGGAAGCACUGUGGUUGUGACUCUUACCAAGCACCGUGGCUUUGAGAAACCAGAUGAUGAACAACUCCAUGUUUUACCUCUGUACAAAUUAGAUGCUGUUGGAGAAGAUGGGACCUUUGAUGAAACAAGAAGAAAGAUUGCAUCUGGGGCCUUGGAAGUGUUGACUAAGUACCCGAUGGAGACCAGAGUGCGGGCAGUGCCCCUCACACCUUGUAAGAAGAGAAGUAAAGACAGAAAGUCUAAAGAUAGCCCAGGCCGUAGAAAAUUGUCACCAGUGAGAGUCAAAUCUCCUGCGCAUCUUAAUCAAAGCAGUCCUUUGGCACAGAAAGUUGUUGACAAAGUGAAAGCAAAAAGGAAACCAAAGAAAUUGGAGAUGAACAAGGGAUCAAACUGGGAAGGUUACUCUGACAGCAAUGCAAAGAUAUUUAAGAAAGAAAUGGUCCCGCAACAGUAUCAGAAGGAGCAGGACCGCCAGCUAGCAGAAUGGCAGGCACAGAUGGGGCUACGGCCUAUGUAUCCAAAUGUGAUGAUGCAGCAAACAGCCAUGAUGGGGGGAGAAAUCCCCCAAGUCCACCCUCAGUGGGGGUUCCCUAUGAUGCCCAUGCACCCACAUGUACAGCAAGGGUUUCCAAUGGGGGGCAACAUGAUGAAUUAUGGAGGAUUUCCACAUUGGCCAGCAGGUCUACCUAGUAUGGACAACAUCCAUAAAGAUCAGGCAAAUCAACAGAAUAAAAAUAAGUUAGGGCAUUCCAUUGAUCAGCUUCUCCAGGCUGGAAAUAACCCAAAUCUUCAUCCCCAUCUUCUUCAACAACAACAGCAGCAGCAACAACAACAACAACAACAACAACAACAACAACAACAGUACUUAGAGAGACAACAGCACCUGGUAGAACAGCAGCAACAUCAUCAGGGUCACCAUCAGAUUAAUAAUAUGCAACAAACUAACAAUUUAAUCAACAAGCUGAAACAAGAAAAUAUCCAAGCCAGUCGAUCUGUACCGACCUCACCACUGCAUUCCAAUAUUAAGCAUGAAAUUCCAAGUCCAUGUCAUCUUGCUAUGCAGCAACAGCAGAAGCAGGGCUGGCCACAGGGUACUUUUCCACAAUACCGACAAGAGAAUGCCCAACAAACUGUAAAACAAGAACCAAUGAAUGGAAACCGACCAGAUUAUCCCCUUUCUCAGUUAGGCCAGCAUGCAGAGACACAACACAUAGCUUCACAUCCUGGAUCACAGACACCAGCAGGAGGGAAUUCUUCUGGCCAGCAGGUGACAGUAGGAACUCAUGUUACUGGCCAGCAGAUGGCAGCAGGCACUCAUGGCACUGGUCAACAGAUGGCAGCAGGAACUCAUGGUAAUGGCCAACAGAUGGCAGCAGGAGGUUGUGGUACUGGGCAACAGAUAGCAGCAGGAGCUCAUGUUACUGGCCAACAGAUGGCAGCAGGUGAUCAUGGCAAAGAACAACCAAAGGCUCCUGGUACCAGCCACCAGAUGGCAGCAGGACUCUCACCACUUGAUCUGUUGACCAUGGCUGUGGAAAUCCAGUCUAGAGAUCUGGAAAACAAACGUGGACAUCCUGAAGUUAACAAUAGACUGGUGAAUCAGAACUUUCCAAAGGGUGCCAUUCAAGGUGAUAUAAAAUCUGAGAUUCCCCAACAGUGUUCGCUGAGAAGCAGCUUACCUCAGGAGAUCAGUAAUAAAGCAAUAUAUGAUCAAAGUCAGAAUACUGCAGCAGCGCCAUUAGCUCAGGGCAGCAGCAACUGCAAUAUGCAACAACAGCCAGUUGCUGAUCAUCAUCUUGCAAAUGCUAACAAUUAUAUUCCAUCAGCUAACAACACUGCCAUUCAAAAUACUAUAUUUGAUACCAAUAACAAGAAUCAACAUGAUAAUAAUCAGUAUUUAUCAGGUCAACCCCCUACCUUACCUUCUGUGCCAGUGGACAAUACCCCUAAGGACUUUGAGUAUCACUCUGACAAUGAGGAAGUCUUUCAUGAUGAGGAGGUGGGUGGGGUUGCCAUUGCUCUUUCUCAUGGGUCUAUAUUAUUUGAAUGUGCAAAGCGAGAGCUUCAUGCAACCACGGCAUUGAAGAACCCUAACCGGCAUCAUCCUACCAGGAUUAGUUUAGUGUUCUAUCAACAUAAAGCUAUGAAUAACCGAUACCAUGGUUUGUACGAGUAUGAGAGGAAGCUGGAAAUGUGGAAAGAACGGCGUAUGAAGAAACGUUUGGAGGCUGGACAACCAGAACCCACAGACAAUGAAAAGGCCGAAGCCUUACUUGGAAUACAGGGAAAACGUAAGAAGAAGUCUGCAGAGGAGGAGAAGAAAUUGAAGUUCAAACCACCCGUAUAUAGGUAUAUGUGGCCAGCUCCUCUUAAGAUGUCUAGUACAGCCACCACUGAUACAGUGGUGACACGCUGGAUAAAACCACAAACCAUGGUAACGGGUCCAUAUCAGAAGUGGGUGUAGAUUUGCAUACUGAGUCAGGAGAAAUGGUGUUCCAUCAUAAGAUUUAAGUGUUCUUUUUGAAUGUAGAAACUUCACUCUGUUUAGCUGACGGUGUUAGAUAUAAGAGAUUGAGCGGUUUUUAACCUCGUGCAAAGAGAUAUUUUUAUGUCCAAAUUUUAGAUUCCUUGACAAAGGACGUAAUUUGCAUGGCUGGUGGCCAUGUUUGUAUCAGGUUCAAAGGACAUCAUCACAGUGUAUAGAUCUGUGGUUUGGUGACAUUUCUCAAAGAUCUCAAAUUUUUUAUCAGCAAAUUGUACACAGAGGAUUAAUUUAUUUCCAUUUGUAUGAGUGUUGUAGUGUACUUAUACCACUGAUUGUGGUAGGUGUGGUGUUUCAGGACAUUGUAACAGUUGAGUUGAGCACAACAACUAAGUUUUGUUAAAUGGUAUAUUGCCUGUAAACAUAAUUAUUUUCAGUAUAUAAUCUGAAGUCAGCUUUUGUUUCUCUUUCUAUAUGUGGGAGACUCCGAUGAUAUAUCUGUUGAUUAAGUCAUGGAUUUGUCAUGUUUUUGAUAGUCUUUCAUUCUGUUUGUUGAUUUUAGCUUUUGUUUAUCUUGGAUGUUGAGAUGUAUUCAUAUGAGAUUGAGAUGUUCAUAGUUUUUUAUAACUGUUUUUAUAGUUCUUAUAUGAAACAGUACUUUUAUAGACCAUGGGACAUCUUCCAUUGUGUUUUGUUAUUUAUUCACUGAAUGGGGAGAAGGGUUUAUGGGGUGCACUUGUUGGUUUUAACUGAUUUUUUAGAAAUGUUGUAAAAGAAACCCUUUUUGACUGGUAGAUUUCCAUUGUCAUUUACUGUAGUUUAGAUGGUAGUUAUAUCUUAAAGAGUUAGAAGUUUUACCCAUGGAUUCCUUGUUUGAAGAUGUUACAUUUUAACCUUAUACACAAUUGUUUCUUCAACUAUCUUCUCCAGAUAGGCAUCAACAACAAAAUAAUAGGCAUUUACAAAAAAAAAAUCUUAAUGUUAUGAUUAUAUACAACCUAACUUGAUGAAAAUCAAGUUUUUGAAUUAUAUAUCAGGGUUCUUGAUACUUUGUAACUUUAUACAACUAACCAGUAAUAAUAAACAAUGCAUAGCAUAUGUAAAGUAUAUUUUGUAAUCACUGCCAAUAUCAAUGUUUACCAAGAGUAGAACUCAAAUUCUUAGAUAAUUAUGUAUAGUUUUUAUCGAUUCUGAAACCUAACUUAUAUGGAUAUAUUCACAUAAUGUGUUCAGUAAGUAUAUCUUUGUUUGUGGUGUAUAGCAAUUUGAUCUCUAAGUUUUGUUUUGCUCAAAAGACUUGUGCUACUUGGUUGUUUCAAGGUGCAAGAUAUGAUGAAGGGUCAAUCACUUCAAAACUCUAAAACCAUCAACAUGUUCUGGUCACUAUCGGGACCAGCAUGCUGUGCUUAUAAGAGAUUGCUACUACAACUUUGAGAUGUGUGGACUAGUAAUUAUAUUUUAACUAUUUUAGGUUGACAUUAUCUGUUGAUUAUAAUUCUGUUUCUGGAUGUGACAUGCUCUUGUAUUUUUUUCAGUGUAAAUUUGUAAUUUUAGAUCACCAAUGGUAAAUUUAUUUGUAAAUAAUUUGUAUGUUAUCUAUGUGUGCAUUAUGUUUUUGUCGGGUAUUUUAAUAAUCGUACACAAAAUCUUUGGUGUAAUAAAAUGUAUUGGUACAUG